UGAAGCACACCAUCAUAGCUGCGGCUCAUACAAACAACAUUUUUACAGCUAUGCAGCUAGAGUUCCAGCUAAGAUUUUAAACAGUGUUACUAACACUAUCCAGAUCACACGAGAAUUAAAAGUAUUUGUAAUGAUUCAAAGUCCAUAAAUCUGUAGAGAAAGCAGUGGAGGAGCAAAACCUUUUGGCAAUAAACCAAAGGAGCCAAAAUGAGGGACCGCCUUCAAGAGCUUAGACAACGGGCAAAAGAGAGUGAACUUACAACAGACAAUGAAAGUGAAAAACUCGAGCAAACAAGGGGCAAUGUGGCUUUUAAACACCAGGUCAUCAUUUUUGAAAAUGAACCAGUUAUACUUGAUUUCUUAGCCUACACACAUGGAAUUAAAGAUGAAAUUAAUGAAUUAACAAAUUAUAUAAAGAAAGUGAGUGAACAAAGCACUGCCUCCGUGCUUUUCACACGACGAUUCAGUAUUAUAAAAAAGGACAGUUCCAACCUCAAUAAAUGCCUCAAAGUCCGGGCUGCAUCCAUCCAUAAACAGUUAGAUUCAUUAUCAAAUGAUGCAAAACAGUCCAUGGCAGAGUUUGGAGAAGAUGCAGUUAUUUCAAGAGUUAAGAGAGCACAAUAUUCUUUCAUGUUUACGCAAUAUCAGAUGGCCAUGUUCAAAAUCAACACUGUUCUAAUUAACAAGCAGGAAAGUUGCAAGAAAUUCAUGCAACGUCAGUUUGAAAUCAUUGGAAAGGAAGUAUCAGAAGAGGAGCUAAACAUCAUGGUGGAACACAACAAGUGGGGCAUUUUCAAUGAAAACUACCUCAGUGACCUCAAAAUUACUAAACGACGCAUGUCUACAAUUGAACUCCGCCAUAAAGAGCUGAUCAGCCUCGAGAACCAGAUCAAAGAGCUGCAAGAUAUGUUUGUGCAGAUUUCACUUAUGGUGCAAGAGCAAGGAGACCUCGUCAACAACAUUGUAAGAACAACAAUGAACACAAAAGAAUAUAUUGUGAAGAGCAAGGAUAAAAUCACCCAAGCAGCAAAAUACAGACAGCAAAGCCAAUGCAGACAAUGCUGUUGUUGGUGUUUCACUUGUUGCCUGUAGCUUUAUUUAAUGCCGUGGUGAUUUCUCUUCCUUCUUCAACUAGAAAACAAAGGCCCUGUGAUUUGCUGGAAGUGGAAGCUGAUGAUACUACAGCAAGAGCAAAUUCAGUGAAGAGUGCAACCAUUUUCCCAUCUCAUCAAAAAAUUUGCUUAAAGAAAAGAAUAAAACAGAAGAGGAGAAUUAAGUAAAAGUGAACGGAAACAGAAAUAGUGGAUGGAAAGAAAGGA